CACAAGCUAGCUAGCUAGAAGUAUCCGAGCUUCGUGAGAGAGAGAGAGAAAGAAGGAGAAGGAUGAAGCCCUGCACGGCCAUAGCUCUGCUGCUCGUCGUAGCAGCACAAUGCGCCGCCCUGGCCACCGCCGCCGGUCCCAGAGUCAUCAUCGUCGGCGCCGGCAUGUCCGGGAUCUCGGCUGGGAAGAGGCUGUACGAGGCUGGGAUCACUGACCUGGUGAUCCUGGAGGCGACGGACCGCAUCGGCGGGCGCAUCCACAAGACCAAGUUCGCCGGGGUGAACGUGGAGAUGGGUGCCAACUGGGUGGAAGGGGUGAACGGCGACGAGAUGAACCCCAUCUGGACCAUGGCCAAUGGCACCGGAGGACUCAACCUCAGGACCUUCCGCUCCGACUUCGACCACCUCGCCAGCAACACCUACAAGCAAGACGGUGGCCUCUACGACGAGAAAGUUGUUGAGAAGAUAAUCGAGAGGAUGGAUGAAGUGGAGGAGAGUGGGAGCAAGCUCUCCGGCACCUUGCACCACAGCGGCCAACAGGACAUGUCGGUCAUGGCCAUGCAACGCCUCAACGACCACAUGCCUUCGGGCCCUGCGAGGCCGGUGGACAUGGUGAUCGACUACUACCAGCACGACUUUGAGUUCGCGGAGCCGCCGCGCGUGACGAGCCUGCAGAACACGCAGCCACUGCCGACGUUCAGCAACUUUGGCGACGACGUCUACUUCGUGGCCGACCAGCGUGGGUAUGAGUCCGUGGUGUACCACGUCGCGGGGCAGUACCUCAAGACCGACCGCAAGUCCGGCGCCAUCGUCGACCCGAGGCUCAAGCUCAACACGGUGGUGCGGGAGAUCAGCUACUUCCCGAGCGGCGUCACGGUGAAAACCGAGGACAACAAGGUGUACCGUGCCGACUACGUCGUCGUCUCGGCCAGCCUCGGCGUUCUCCAGACCGACCUCAUACGGUUCAAGCCGCAGCUGCCGUCGUGGAAGAUCGUGUCCAUCUACCAGUUCGACAUGGCCGUCUACACCAAGAUCUUCCUCAAGUUCCCCAAGAGGUUCUGGCCGGAGGGCACCGGCAAGGAGUUCUUCCUCUACGCCAGCGGCAGGAGAGGCUACUUCCCCGUGUGGGAGCAGUUCGAGCAGCAGUACCCCGGGUCCAACGUGCUGCUGGUCACGGUCACCGACGACGAGUCGAGGAGGAUCGAGCAGCAGUCCGACAACCAGACCAUGGCCGAGGCAGUGGCGGUGUUGCGGAAGAUGUUCCCCGGAAAGGACGUGCCGGACGCCACCGAGAUCCUCGUGCCGAGGUGGUGGUCCAACCGGUUCUUCAAGGGCUCCUUCUCCAACUGGCCCAUCGGCGUCAACCGCUACGAAUACGACCUCAUCCGGGCCCCCGUUGGGAGGGUUUACUUCACGGGUGAGCACACGAGCGAAAAAUACAACGGAUAUGUCCACGGGGCGUACCUUGCAGGUAUUGAUUCUGCUGACAUCCUGAUCAACUGUGCCAAGAAGAAGAUGUGCAAAUAUGAUGUCAAGGGAAAGCAUGACUAAUCUCAAGAUUAAUCGUGGAGUCACCAGCUAAAACAGCAGAAGUAACGGGUUGAAACCGAGUCAGUGCACUGCAUUAUUCCGGUGUUCAUCUGUGUCGGGUCAUUGUUCAAUGGUUUUCUGGGCAAUCCAUAUUUUUUCUCUUUGCGACAUGUUUGUUGUUUGGCUCAGUUUGGAGUUGUUCUCAUUUAAUUAUUUAUUUAUGAAACUUCUACGAAACAGCAGUUGACAAUAAUGUCUUUUGCCCAUUUGUUGUACAAUAACAUUUUAUGAGAAUAUUGUGGGAAGCAAAGAUAUAUUCAUAUGCAAUAAAGAGCAACAUAACAUUGAU